UUCUGUUGUCUCACUCACUCACUUUCUCCACUCUCCACUUCUUCUACAGAUCUCAUCUCAUUCUUCUUCCACAAUGCAGAACUUUCUCCGACCGUCACCUAUGGCGGCGUUCACGGCGGCGCUACUCUUCAUCUCAACCAUUUUCACAACCUCCAACGCACACAACAUCACAGCCAUUCUCUCCAAAGACCCUGAAUUCUCCACCUUCAACCACUACCUAACCCUAACACACCUCGCACCAGCAAUCAACGGCAAACAAACAAUCACCGUCUUAGCCGUCGACAACGACGCCAUGCACGACUUAACAUCCAAAAACCUUUCGAUCUCCACCGUCAAAAACAUCCUCUCCCUCCACGUCCUCCUCGACUACUACGACACCAAAAAGCUUCACCAAAUCACAAAAGGAACCACUGACGUAGCCACAAUGUACCAAACCACCGGCGCCGCUACUGGAAUAGCAGGACACGUCAACAUUACCGUUCUUCGCGGCGGAAAAGUCGGAUUCGGUGCUCAAGACAACGAUGGAACCCUACCUGCUACUUACGUCAAAUCAAUUCAAGAAAUUCCUUCCAACAUUUCCGUUCUACAAAUCAGUCAAAUUCUUCCUUCCGCCUCCGCUGAAGCUCCUACACCACCGCCAACCGAACAUAACAUCACCGAUAUAAUGUCCAAACAGGGUUGCAAAUCCUUCGCCGAAACACUUGCCGCUAAUCCUGACGCGUUCGACACUUUUAACGGCAAUCUCAACGGUGGAUUAACCGUUUUUUGUCCCGCCGAUAAAGCUUUCAAUGCUUUCUUACCAAAAUUCAAAAACCUAACAACCGUCGCAAAAAUCGCGCUUCUCGAAUUUCACGGUAUUCCGGUUUAUCAAUCAAAAGAUAUGCUGAAAUCGAGUAAUGGACCUAUGAACACUCUUGCUACAGAUCGUGGCGGUUACGAUUUCGAUGUUCAAAACGACGGUGAUGAGAUCACACUGAAGACGAAAGCUGUAACUGCUAAGAUAAUGGACACGAUCUUUGAUGAAGUUCCCGAUGCGAUCUUUACUAUUUCUAAGGUUCUUCUUCCAGAGGAGUUGUUUAAAGGUAAAGCUCAGAGUCCUUCUCCGGCACCGGCGCCGGAGCCUGCUGCUGCUGAUGGUCCUCAGCCGCCUAAGAAAAAGGGAAAGAAGAAGGAUGCGCCGGCGGACGAUGAUUCUGACUCGCCGGCUGAUUCGCCGGAUGAUUCAGCUGAUGAUAAUGCCGAUGAUAAAAACGGCGCCGCCGUUAGGUUUAACGGUAUCUUUUUUAUGGUUUUGAGUUUGGUUUUGGGAUUUUUAUUGCUCUGAGCUGUAACACACAAAACUUACAUUGUGUUGUUUUUAAUUUAUUUAAAUUAAAUAAUUUUUUUUUUUUAGUUUUUUAUUUUGUUUAGUAAGGAAAUGAAGGGAAUUUCAAAUGCUGUCCCUAUUUUUCCGUUUGAGUCGUAACAGAGCAGGUGUGAAUUUUUAUUUCAUUAUUUUGGUGGUAAAGGAACAGUAAUUUUUACUUGGUUGUGAAUGUUAAUGUAAACAUUUGUUUACUACUUACUAUCCUUUAACUA